AUGACACUUUGUCAGGCCUGCGAAUCUCUCCAAGGCUGUUGUGCUGUACUCAGACGGGGCGAUUCUUCCCUCUGCGAGCUCUUCACUGGAAGCAUCGUCGAUGCCUCCGAUGUCGAAGCCAUCGAGGUAGAGCAGAAGAAUUGCCGGCAGUCUGGCGGCGACUGGCGAUCUAUAUGGUCGUGGAUUGACAGGGGAGAGUGGGUCGAAGCUGGAGAGCUGAGGGACACUGGUCUUACGUUCCAAGCGAAGGAGUACUUGCCUAUCAACAGAUGGGUAGACGAUCUUGAAGUUGAUAAAAGUGAACUGCGUCGUAUCAUAUACAGUGCGUUCGGACGACUGACCUCUGACGUUUGGGUAGACUACCUCCGAUGCCGCCUGGACCCUACAGUGAAGGCUGUGAUGCUCGUGGCUGAGGUGUGCAGUCCUCAAGCUUCCCAACUGGAACCGAUCAUUCGAGACCAUCUCGCAAGGUGA